AUGCGACAUAUUGAUUCUCUUCUUAAACUCCUUGAUUCGUUCGACGCUGAUAUCAUUUGCUUCCAGGAAACGAAGCUUAGAAGGCAAGAAUUAACAGCUGAUUUGACGAUUGCUGAUGGGUAUGAAUCGUUCUUCUCGUGUACUCGUACUUGUGAGAAAGGUUGUACUGGGUAUUCUGGUGUAGCUACGUUUUGUAGAGUAAAGUCAGCAACUUCAAGCUGUGAGAUUGCUUUACCUGUUGCUGCAGAAGAAGGUUUCACUGGUCUUGUAAAGAGUAGUUCUCGAGGUGGGAAGAUUGAAAGUUGUUUUCAAUGUCCAUGGACUGAGAGGGUCGAGUUUAAGCAUCGGUUCUAUGAUGUUUUAGAGAGAAGAUGGGAGUGUCUUCUGCGUCAGGGAAGAAGGGUAAUUGUUGUUGGGGAUCUUAACAUUGCUCCUUUUGCUAUGGAUCGAUGUGAAGCUGGGCCUGAUUUCGAGAUAAAACGAGCCAAUGAGCAAGCCAAAGCCACUGAGGUUGUUUUAUGUUCAUCGUCGAGUCAAAGAAACGCUACGCCAAGUUGUGGAGAGAUCUCGACAGGACCACUCAGAAACUGCGGUUUAACGGGUAUUUCACCUGAGAGCUGA